AUGGAGAAGAAAGACGAAGGUGAGGCUGCAGAUGAGGUCGUGGCGUCGGUGCUGGCAGCGCGCUCGCACUACGAGUGCCUGGGCCUGGCCGAGGAGCUGAUCGAGGAUCCGCGCCGCGUGCGACGGCACUACCGCGAGCGGGCCAGGCGUGUGCAUCCGGACAAGUGCUGCCAUCCGGACGCCCCGCGGGCCUUUCGCGCCCUCACCCAGGCCCUCGAGUGCCUGGUCGACCCCCAGUCUCAGGCCACUUACCUCUCCUCGCUCCUUCGAUCCAAGAGAUCCUCCAGCACGUCGUCAUUCACUUCUUCAUCUUCGUUUACAUCAUCGUCAUCGUCAUCUUCUACGUCGUCCGACUGGUUUCGGGCAGGACCCAAGGCCUCGUUUCGCCAGAGCGAGUUCGCGCACGCCUACGCCGAGGCCAUGCACGCCGCGCGACGACGAGCGCGUGAGCAUAAACAUCAUCAACAACAGCAACAAGAAGAGCAACAGAAGAAGAGGAAGGCGACAGAGGAGGAGAAAGAAGAAGAAGAAGAAGAAGAACCAAAGCAACGGAAACGGCCAGAGAGCUUCGAAGCCAAGAAGCGGCCGAGGACGUCGCGAUCAGUGCCGUUCGACUACGCCGACAUCAACGCGUCGUCGAACUCCACCGGGCGGCCGCCACGACCAACGCCGCAGGCUGAGCCGCGAGGCCAGCACGAAGGCGGUGGCGGCGCACGAGGGAGGCACACGGCGGAGAAGAAGGUGGACGAGGAGGUCGAAGAGCUACGACGAGCGAAGGAGAAGGCAAGCGAGCAGACAUCAACGAAGAAGAAGAAUGGAGGAGGAGGAGGAAGAGGUGAAGAAGAGAAGCUGGCGACGUACGAUCGACAUCAGCUCUUCGGGGCCUUCAACCAUCGCUACCGCCGCAAGGCAUCUUCAUCUUCUUCCACACCCAUGCAGCACUGA